AUGCCUGACACAUUCACAGGCUGGGUCGCGCAUGACCCCAAAUCCCCACUUACCUAUGAAGCCUUCACGCCAAAGCCUUUCGAAGAAACCGACAUUGAAAUCCAAAUCACCCACUGCGGCAUCUGCGGCAGCGACAUCCACACCAUCCGCUCGGGCUGGGCACCAGCCGACUACCCCUGCGUCGUGGGUCACGAGAUAAUUGGGACAGCAACGCGCAUCGGCAGCGCAGCCAGCAACAAACAAGGCAUACAAGUAGGCGACCGCGUCGGAGUCGGCGCACAAUGCUCCUCGUGCCUACGACCUGACUGCGAAGCCUGCGCAGACGGCGAGGAAUCUUACUGUCCCAAAAUGGUGGGCACAUACAAUGGCCGAUUCCCCGACGGGAGUAAAUCCUACGGCGGGUAUGCAAACCGAUGGCGCGGGCCGGGGCAUUUCGUCUUUCGAAUCCCGGACAAGCUAUCCAGCGCGCAGGCGGCGCCGUUGCUGUGCGGUGGUGUGACGGUUUACGCGCCGCUGCGGCGCUUCGGGGCUGGCCCGGGGAAGAGGGUUGGGGUUGUUGGGAUUGGCGGGCUAGGACAUAUGGGGUUGCUGUUUGCGCGGGCAAUGGGGAGCGACUCGGUCAUUGCGAUUUCGCGAUCCUCAAGCAAGAAGGGGGAUGCGCUGGGUUCAUGGCCGUACAAGCUAGGGGCCGAUGCAUUUAUUGCCACGGGGGAAGACAAGAACUGGGCGAAGACGCACGCCAGGUCCCUGGAUAUCAUCAUCUGCACCGUGUCUGGGGAGAAUAUGCCGCUGUCUGGGUAUUUGAGGCUCCUCAAGCGGAAUGGGGUCUUUGUGCAGGUUGGUGCACCUGAGGAGCCGUUACCGGCGCUUAGGGCCUUCUCGCUCAUCCAGAAGGGUGUUAAGGUGACGGGGUCACAGAUUGGAUCUCCGGAGGAUAUUAGGCAGAUGCUGGACUUGGCGGCGGAGAAGGGGGUCAAGCCGUGGGUGCAGAGCAGGCCGAUGGAGGAGGUGAACUUGGCGUUGGAGGAGAUGCAUGGGGGGAAGGCGAGAUAUCGGUAUGUUUUGGAGAAUGGGAAGAAGACGGGGAGGUUGUAA